CAUUCCAAUUUUGAUGCAACUCUCUUUUCACAGAUGCUACUUCUACUGUAGUUAUCUAUGUAAUAGCGUACGAAUCAAAAAUCAAAAGGUCACAUUCGGGAAAAACGCGGUCAUCGAGAGCUUCUUCUACUGGAUAAGUGAUUGACAAGACAUGAGAUUACGGGAAGACAUGAGGUACUGGUGCCUUGUGCUGUUCAUCUCAUACCUGGCUACUGUGAACGCUGAAGUUCAAUGGCCAGGUGGUACGUACGGUUUACCUAUGCCUACCACAGGCUGUCCGUCAGACGGAGUCACUGAAUGGAAGACAGGUUGGACUUAUCAUGACACAGAGGACGACAAUAAUGAGAACCAGCGGUCAAACAUUUUCCACAUGCCUGGGAACUUUUCAGCGCAUGGUAUUCAGCAGAAAUUCUGCUUGAAAGAAAGUAAUAAUGGAGACAGUGGCAGCGAAAUUUGGCCCGAAGGAAAAUACUGCCUUUAUAAGAAAGGUGUAUGUCCGAACGGACUAAAGGAAGGCUUCAUCCGCUGGGACGACGAACAAUCAGAAAUAGACUUUCAAGACAAACACUUCGGAGACCUGCCCGAUGGAGUCUACGAGAAAUCCCACACAACAAUAAAAUACUGCUGUAGUACAAAGGGAAACGUCAACAAUCCAAUUCAACUCCCCGCUCUGAGACCCUUCUAUCUUCUCACCUACGACUCAGCCCAGUGUCAGAAAGUGGCGGGAACCAAAGUUACAAGCGAGUUCAUCAAGUUUGAUGAUGAUGAUCAAGGGAAUACUGAUGCAGCAGAUGGGGCACAUCCUUAUGGACCCAGUGAAGACCCCUUUAACUUAAAGAUUUACUAUUGUUAUUAUGAGCCGGGGCAAGAAAGUGAAGAUGAUUUAGGAACCGGAAAGGAUGUUAAGAGCAAGAUUCCAACAGGCAAGACUUCCAGUUCUGGUUUAGCCGUAGCCAUCGGAUGUGGUGUCGCAGGAGCCAUUGUGGGAACCGCCUCUAUUGCAUUUGCCACGAAAAGAAUCCUUGCGCACAGAGCACGCGCAGCAUAUGACCUCAUUGAUGAUCCACAGCCUGACGGACCAUGAUGACAUGAGAAGUCACCACCCAAAUAGGAAAUAACAAUGUUCAUUCGUCCCUAAACAUUACUUCACCAAAUAGAAGUGAAGAGUUUGUUUGUGGGAAAGAAAAUAAAUAAGAGUCACCUGACUUUCUUUCCCUAAAAAUCAAACCUCGCUAUGAACUCGAAAUUAAACAAGUAUUCUUUUUUGGCGUUUUUUUGGUUAAACACAUUUCGUACCCACAGGCAGAAAUAUCAGAAAUGGAUCGAAAUUAUUAACUCGGAGUUAGGUACCGUAAAUAUCGCAGUUUGUCAUUCGUUUCUCGUGGUUUUAAAAAUUUCCUCAAGGAAGGAGAAUUGACGUAGCUAGUCGAACGUUUUAUGUAAAAAGACGAAGACGAGUCGACAGUAACUAAAAAAUUGCUCUGGCAAAAUUUACUGACAGUAGUAUGGUAGUUUACGUUCAUCGUUAAAAGUUGUAACAUACGUUAAGAGUUUCAUUUUCUAACAUGCCGGUUGCACACGCUUGUAGUGUCAGAUGUUCUCAAAAAGUGACGUAGAAAACGGUUCUGUUAGGUUUACCAACAGGAGGGUAGUAGAAGAGAAAUAGUAAGGUUGUAUAUAGCGGAACCAAACUAGUGACAUAUGACAGUUGCUUUAAUUAGUCUGCAGCGACGACAAUGGUCUGAGUUUGUUAUACAAUGUACAGUGACGGUCACAGAGGAGAAUAAACUAUUCUUUUUAGACGAAA